AUGGUUCAUGGUGAACUAAUGACUGUUCACGUCGGCCAAUGUGGCAAUCAACUAGCUCAGGCUUUCUGGAAAUCAAUGUGUGAAGAGCAUAGAAUCGAUGAGUUGGUUAUUGGUUUAAAUUGUGAUUCAGAAUAUAUUUUUUUAGAAGAGGACAGACAACGACGGAAAGAGACUUCAAUGAUAUUAAGGAAAUGCUUUUUUAUCAGGUAUUUUUGGAAAUCCUGUCUCAUAAUCCUUGAUUUCAGGCCGAUGACAACCACUACGUGCCACGAGCAGUAUUAGUCGAUCUCGAACCACGUGUUAUUAACGGAAUGAUGCAGAGUCCAACUUUUUCUAAUCUUUUCAAUACCGAUAACAUCUUUCUCUCGGAUCAUGGUGGUGGAGCUGGAAAUAACUGGGCAAACGGAUAUGGUCAGGGAAGGUUAAACAAUUCAUCUUAUUUUUUUUUCAAAUUUUUCGGUGUUCAGGGAAGUACAAGAAAGCAUCAUGGACAUUAUUGUAAGAGAAGCUGAGAAUGCAGAUAAUAUAGAAGGAGUUUUAUUCACUCACAGUGUUUCUGGCGGCACUGGCUCCGGUACAGGCUCUCUUAUUCUUGAGCGAUUGAGGGAAUGGUUAGAAAAACUUGUAAUGAAAUGAUGAAGGUGUUUUUGUUUGCAGUUUCCCGAAAAAAGUGAUUGAGACUUAUUCUGUCUUUGCAAACAGCGAGGAUAGUUCUACGACAGAUGUCGUCGUGCAUCCUUACAACUGGGUGCUCAGUAUGCAAAGGCUCAUCGAGAAUCCAGGUUCAGUUUUAAAUCGUUUCGAAAUCAUUCCGACAAUUGUUUUCUUCCAUUUUGUUGUUUAACAGACUUCAAAGUUGAAUUGCCCUAAAUUGUUGUUACUCGUGUUCACCAACCCCGUCAAGAUAAUUUUUCUUCAUUCUCAAGUUUUCCAGAUCACGUCGUCGUGUUGGACAAUGCUGCGUUGCAUCGACUGGCGGCUGGGAAAUUCAAAACUGAGACGCCGACUUUCGAUCACAUAAACUCUUUGGUAGCGCGAAUCAUGUCCACCUCAACGGCUCCGUAUCGCUUCAACUCAGAAAUCGUUCCCUCGAUCCGCUAUCUUUCCUUGGCCCCAUUCCCUCCGAUGCAUUUCAUUCAAGCUGGUUGAUACUACACUACUCAAAAGUUUCAUUACUCUCGAAAUUUUAGGUAUUUCCCCGGUGGUUGAUCCUAACCAAAAGUUCACACGAAAGACAUCUGUGGCCGACGUGACGCGAUUCCUACUGAAGCCUACAUCGAUGAUGGUAAUAAGCUGAGGAAUUCCGAUCCAAUCGCUUCUGUUUGUAGGUUUCGACGGCCAGCCGAGUAAGACCGAAUGACUGUAUGAUUUCCGCCUACAUGUGGCUGCAAGGCGAGAUCGAUCCCAUUCAGAUGAUUGAAACCGAACAUAAUAUCGAUGUUAGUUUUUUUUUUCCAUAUCUGAGUGUGAAAUUUUACAAAGAUGCUCCGCAAGUUGAAACCUUAAGAAAAUCUCAACAGAAAAGGUUCUUUGAGUGGGCGUAGCUUAAUUUUUGAUGUAAUUAUCGUGUUUUUAUUUUUUGUUUACUUGCUUCAUAAUUUUCAAUUGAAAAAUGUUGAAAAAUGUUUCGAAGUUGAAACCAAUUCCAACGAAAUGUUUGAAAAAGUCUUUAUCAAAGUAGUUUGAUCACUUGGUGAAGGUUCUGAAGCAUUUUUUCAAUAUUAAGAUAGUUACUCUUAUUUUAAUUGAAGUUUUGUUUUCUUUUUCCAGGCGAUGAUUCGUCGGCCUCCCUUUUACAUGACGAGUCCCUUGCAAGUGAUCAACGCUCCGCUGUCGCCAUAUGUCAAGCCUCAAUACAAAGUACGUUGGUAGAAUAAAGCGGCGUUUUACGUUAUUUUACUUCACUUGUAGGUAUCGGGGCUGCUGUUGAACAACAGCACGAGCGUGGCGCCGCUGUUUGAGGACCUUCUUGGAAAGUAUGAUAAACUGCGUUCCAAGCGCGCUUUCUUGGAUCGAUUUGAAAAAGAGGUAGAUGAUUUUGAACUUUGGUAUUUUUUUUUUACAAAAUUUUACCAAUCCUGGUUUUUUUUUUCGUUUUCAUUUGUCUCCCACAACUUAGAAACUUGUCAUAUUUAUUAAAAAUUUUUCAUGCUUUUCUCUCUUCCUCUAUUUUUUUGAUCUUGUUUGAAAUCACAACAGUUUUUUUUUUCAUUAUAGCAUAACCAAAAGCAAACUGAUGCCAAGAAUUAAUGUAGAAACUUAAAAAUGUUUAAUUGAAAUAAUUCAGAGCUUUGUUUUAAAUCUUUAUGUUUCAGGAUCAUUUUUCGUUGGAAAUGAUGGACGAAGCGGUUCACAGCGUUCAAGAUCUGCUCGACGAAUACAAGGCAGUUGUCCAAAAGGACUAUCUGACUCGUGGUGUUCCCCAUUGA